UGGUGUUGCGUGGAAUAUGUGUUAAAGAUUUGAAUAAAAUUGAGAAAAUACCAUAUUAAAAUGUAAAUUCAAAUAGAAAUAUACAAUUUGUGCCCAACUGUGUGUGAAUUAAUGUAUAUGCAAUUAUAAAAAUACCCUAAGAAAUAUAUAGAAAAAGGAAAAACGUUUACCCGUCAACACACUCGAUCGAUUUUAAGAAGAGAAAAUUUUCAACAGAAUUUUCUUUUGUUGGGAAAACAACAUUUUUGCAAGAUAUUUGUGUGCAUAAAAACGAAAGAAAAACACAAUGUCAUUGCCGGGAAAUGGCAUAUUUGUGGUCCGUGGCGAAAUGUCCACUUUAAUGACCGCCAUGCGCAGGGGUUCCCGUUGGAAUGCCUCAGCAUACGUGGAUGAGGAGAAAGAUGGCUUAAUGAAAUUGUUUAUGGAUCUAAAACAAGUUCUGAAUCGCAUUGAAGAUCUGCGCCUUAUUGAUCCAAAUGUCUUUUUGGCUCCCUUUCUGGAGGUCAUACGCACCGAAGAGACUACAGGAGCAGUGACCAGUUUGGCCUUGUCAGCCAUAAAUAAAUUUCUUUCUUAUGGAUUAAUAGAUCCCACCUGUGCCAAUUUGGCUGUGACCGUAGAAAACAUUGUCGAUGCAGUAACCCAUGCUCGUUUCAUGGGCACUGACCAGUCCUCGGAUGGUGUCACCUUGUUUAGGGUUGUGGAAGUAUUGCACUCCUUGAUGCGCAGCCCUGAGGGCUCAGUGCUCACCAAUGAGUCGGUGUGCGAGGUUAUGUUGAGCUGCUUUAAAAUAUGCUUUGAACCUCGUCUCAAUGAGCUGCUGCGCCGAUCUGCCGAACAAGCUUUGAAAGAUAUGGUGCUGCUGUUGUUUAUGCGUCUGCCACAAUUUGCCGAUGACCGCAGUGAAUCGGGUCUGUUAAAAAAAUUCCAAAUGAUGGCGGCAUCUAUGGACAAGGAUAAAAAACAACGAAAGCGUGCGGUGAAAACUGCCACCAUGGGCCAGGAGAAUCUGCAUCGUAGUCAAAGUUUGUCUAAGGUAACGGGAGAUGAACUACGAAAGAUAUCUACUCAUUCCGCACCAGGUGAAGAUGGGCAAAACCUGGCUACACCCGCUACCAUAAAUCAUUUAAAGGCACCGCCGUUGGCCACUACUCCAGCCACACCGGCUGGUAAUAUUGUGGAUUUACAAGGAAAGAUAACACAGACCCCUACGUCGACUACAACAGUAGCAGAGGGGGAGACAGGCGAUAGCACUAUAGCAACAGAAAAUACAGAGCAAAAUGCUCCAGCCAUUUCCAUUGAACCAGCUUCUCCUGCAGAAAAUCAAAACAAUGCAGGUGAAGACCAUAUGGAUGGCAGGCCCCAAUCUCCUCAGUCGCAGGGUGGUAGCAGUGAGUACAUCAAUUCUGUGGGUGUUCGGUUCACUCAACAAAAUUCAGUUGAUGGCUCCGAGGGCAUGGCUCCGCUGGUUCCUUAUGGCUUGCCUUGCAUACAAGAAUUGUUUCGCUUUUUAAUACUUUUAUGCAAUCCAAUGGAUAAACAAAACACCGACACCAUGAUGCAUAUGGGUCUGAGCCUGCUUACGGUGGCUUUUGAAGUGGGCGCCGAUAAUAUAGGAAAAUAUGAUUCCUUGUUGCAGCUGGUCAAGGAUGAUUUAUGCCGCAAUUUGUUUGCCCUCAUGAAUUCCGAACGCUUGACCAUUUUUGCGGCCGAUUUGCAAGUUUGCUUUCUUAUGUUUGAAUCGCUGAGGGGUCACUUGAAAUUCCAGCUGGAAAGCUACCUCAAGAAAUUGUCAGAAAUCAUAGCCAGUGACAAUCCCAAAACCCCCUAUGAAAUGCGUGAGCUGGCAUUGGAUAAUCUGCUGCAGCUUUGGCGUAUACCCGGUUUUGUGACAGAGCUUUACAUAAACUACGACUGCGAUUUGUAUUGCAGUGAUUUGUUCGAAAGCAUUACAAAUCUCCUAUCGAAAUAUACACUCUCGGCCACCAAUGCCAUUUAUAAUACCCACAUUUUAGCUAUGGACACAUUGAUAUCAGUGGUUGACAGCAUUGAGGGUAAUUGUGUGGCUGCCAAGAAUGUGAGCGGUGGCAACGAUGGACAUUUCAAUGGACCAAAUACCCAAACUCCUCCAUCCCACAGACAUUCACGUCACAACUCAGGUUUGGAAGGCAUAGUCAUUGAUGAUGGCACCAAUGCAACGGAGGAGAGAGAGUAUGUAGAGAAUAUAUCGAAAUUUAUAAACACAUCCUCAAGGCUGCGCCUAUUGUCUGGUGAUACGGCUGCAAAGAAAGCCAUAACAGGCGAUUAUUUGAAAGAGGUGAAAAACAAGAAACGUUUGCUAAGCCAGGGCACCGAGCUUUUCAAUCAACGGCCCGACAAGGGUAUACAAUUCCUGCAGGAUAACGGUAUUUUGAAUGUGCAACUUGAUCCCAUGGAAGUUGCCUUAUUUUUGCGUGAAAAUCCUGGCUUGGAUAAGAAAAUGAUUGGCGAAUACAUAUCGAAGAAAAAGAAUGUGGACUCUAAAAUACUAAUGAAUUUUGUGGAGUCUUUUGAUUUUGUGGGAUUGCGUGUUGAUCAGGCUCUACGUUUGUAUUUGGAGACAUUCCGUUUGCCCGGCGAGGCUCCAUUGAUUUUUUUGGUAUUGGAACAUUUUGCAGAGCAUUGGCAUAAACAAAAUGGCGAGCCUUUUGCCAAUACAGAUGCCGCCUUUAGUUUGGCCUAUUCCAUUAUUAUGUUGAAUAUGGACCAACAUAACUCCAAUGCCAAGCGUCUCAAUAUUCCCAUGACCCAAGAAGAUUUCCUUAAGAAUCUUAGGGGUCUCAAUGGGGGUAUAGAUUAUGAUCAGGAUUUGUUGGCCACCAUCUUUAAUGCCAUAAAAAAUGAUGAAAUAGUCAUGCCUGCCGAACAAACCGGUUUGGUGCGUGAAAAUUACCUAUGGAAAGUUUUACUAAGACGUGGUGCUGGUUCGGAUGGAGCCUUUACCUAUGUACACGACUCCACUUAUGACAUGGAAAUAUUUAAUGUUAUAUGGGGUCCUUCCCUAAGCUCUCUAAGCUUUAUGUUCGAUAAGAGCAGUGAAAAUGGUUAUCAAAAGACAUUGACAGGUUUUACCAAAUGUGCAGCUAUCUCUGGAUUUUAUGGGCUACACGAGGAUUUCGAUGCUUUGAUUCUAACCCUAUGCAAAUUCACCAGCAUCUUAAGUUCGGCCCAACAAGAGACCACACACCCUGCACCCAAUGAAAUUGUGCAAGCUGUCAACUUUGGGCUUAAUCCCAAGGCUCAAGCUGCUAUGCGAACUGUCUUUGCUUUGGUCCAUGAUUAUGGUGACUGUUUGAGAGAUGGCUGGCGACAUAUACUGGAUUUGUAUUUGCAACUUUUCCGUUUGAAGUUGCUGCCAAAAUCUCUCAUGGAAGUCGAAGAUUUCUGUGAGCCCUCGGGCAAAGCCCAACUGAUAUUGGAAAAACCUAGCCAGAAGCAAGAAUCCGGCAUAUUUUCCAGUCUAUAUUCGUAUCUGUCCUCAGAGGGCCAACGUGAGCCCUCCUACGAAGAGCAGGAAUUUAUAAAGAUUGGCAAAAAAUGUAUAAAAGAAUGCCAACUAGAUCAGAUGAUCCAAGAAUCGAAAUUUGUUCAAUUAGAGUCCUUGCAAGAACUGUUGAAACAGGUUUUGAGUUCCCUAAAAGCUCCCGGUGCUCACAAAUCAAUUGGCAUGCCUUAUGGCGAAGAUGUUGUGGUCUUUUGGAUGGAAUUUCUGGUGAAAAUUGUUAUUUACAAUCGCGAUCGCAUGAUUCCCCUUUGGCCAGCUGUUCGUGAUCAAAUGUACCUGUUGCUGAUGGGAGGUUCCUCUUGUGGCUAUGAUUAUCUACUGAAUCGUUGUAUAGUUGCCAUGCUUAAGUUGGCCAUUUAUCUAAUGCGCAAUGAGGAAUUGUGUCCCAUUGUUUUGAAAUCAUUGAAAAUGUUGUUGAUGCUAAAGCCUGCGGUACUUUUGAGAAUAUCCAAACAAAUUUCCAUAGGCAUGUAUGAACUUCUCAAAACCUCAGCUCAAAAUAUACACUCUGAGCAGGAUUGGCAAAUUGUCUUCACCAUACUGGAGUGUGUGGGAGCAGGUGCAGAGCCUCCAGAAUACGAUGAUGCCUCGUUGCCAGUGCCAAAUGGAUUGGCUGCAAAAUCAGAUGGAGCUUUAAGCAGUGAAGAUGAUUCUGGUCUACCGGAUAGGGGUUAUAUAUCAGAUUCGGAAUUGAGUGGCAAACAGGCGGUGCCAAAACAAGGACAAACACAGAAUUCUAAUACAAGCAGUCCAUUUCCCUCUAGUCCUACGGCUGAGAAUUGGAUUUUGGUUAAUAAGGAUACGGAUUUGGCAGCCUCAAGACCACAAUCUCCUCCGGAUUCACUUGGUCCCCCAGUGUUAUCGAACUUAGUGUAUAAUUGUAAACUCUUGGAUCACAUGCCAUUUGCAUUAUUCAAAUGUUGGGACUCUUUGGCUUUCAUUGUGCGUAAUGUGGCCCACAUAACACCCUAUAACUUUGAAAGUUGUGUAAGAUGCAUACGCACAUUUGUGGAGGCAUGUCGAGAUGGUGGAAUACGUCAACGUCGUAGAAUUGAAGCAGCACUGGCUGCCGCUGGCAAUCAAAAGAAAAAACCUAAUAAUAGACGUAAUGAUCGUUCUAAUGAGCGCAACAAACAUGGUGAAGGUGGUAGUUCUGGCAUCGAUGUGGGCAUGGAAGGUGAGAGCGUUGAUGAAUCCGAUCUGGCGCAACGCUAUGAAACGCUAUCCAUUCAACUGCUGGAUCUUAUGUACACCCUAUACACACGAACAGCUCAGAUUUUCCGUUGGUGGGCCGAAGAGGGCUGUGCAGUUCCUCAAUGCUCGGCUUUGUGGGCACAAGGUUGGUGUCCUUUGCUGCAGGGUAUUGCCCGUUUGGCCAUGGAUCGAAGACGUGAAGUAAGAACCUAUGCCAUCUCUUGCUUACAACAGCGUGCUCUGUUGGUACAUGAUCUGCAAACACUAUCUGGUACGGAAUGGGCAUCAUGCUUCCAACAGGUUCUUUUCCCACUGCUCAAUGAAUUAUUGCCAGAGAGUCCGGCUGUGGCACACUUGGAUCAAGUUCUGUUGGAAGAGUCGAGAAUACGCACGGCGACUAUAAUGUCCAAAGUGUUUUUACAUCAUCUAACACCACUCAUUGAAUUGGGCAAUGCCUUCAAUGAUCUUUGGAUACAAAUUUUGGAUUAUAUUGAGAAGUUUAUGAAAGUUGGUUCGGAUAUGUUGUCCGAACAAAUGCAAGAGAUUCUCAAGAAUAUGUUGUUGGUAAUGCAUUCGGUGCGUGUUUUCCACAACAACGAUGGUUCACUGCGCAUGGACUUAUGGGAACUCACUUGGAAGCGCAUAGGAGAAUUUUUGCCCAAUCUUAAGGAUGAACUAUUUCGCGAUGAAGGAAAUAGAGCACAUGUCAUGAAACAACCAAGCUCAUCAGCGGCAGCCGUUAAUGCAUCCCCAGUCGUAAAUGAGUUGAGGUCUCCUACAGCUGCCGCAACGUUGCCACAAACGAAUGUGGUGCCUAUAGCAUCCUCAGCUCCUUCACUAGUGCCGAUAAUGUCUCCAAUAGGGUCCCCUAGGCAUAGUAUAAUACUGCAGCCACCUGUAGCUGAGAUGCUACAGCAACAACCGUUAUUCUUGGGCCAGUUACCUGUCACCAAUAUGCCGAUAAUUGUGCCUCAACAACAGCAGCAGCCAUUGCAGCAGCCACUGCAGCAAUUCCAUCAAUCUACAGCUACAGCUCAAUACGGUUCCAAUGAAUUCCCCACACCAUCUACGGGCUUAGCAACAGGUGGAAAUCAAAAUACUGGCAUUGAGGUAUUAUCUCCAGUUCAGGGAUCAGCUGCAGCUGCAUCAACUGUCACUCCUCAAUUGACGAGCAUGGUUACAACAAAUACUUCCCCGAUUGCAGCAAGUCAUCAUUUCCCCCACAAUGUUCCUAACACCAACAACAACAACCACUUUGCCCAAAGGGCUGCAGGACAACCUUUAACAUCGACCUUACUUAACGAAUCCCACAGUGGCCACACUGACCAAGACAGUCAAAGUUAUUCCAUAGAAUUAUUUGAUACUAUUCCACCACCCGACAGUGGGGCCACCUCUCAUCAGUCACCCAGUAAGGAAUUGCCUGAGGAAACCCAACUCAGACAUUUGGUACAGCAACAAUACAAUCAGUACUAUGAGCAGUAUAAACUGCAUCAGGAAAUGCUAAAGCAGAAGGAACACGAAUCGAUGAACGCAAGUGCAGGUGGCAAUGAAAAUUCCCAACAUAUAAAUACCAGCAAAUUGAACACUUCGGUUUUUAGAGGCGAUGAUGUCAGCACUUUGGCCGAGAUUGAAGCUGAGUUUAGGGAGCAGUCGGGUACAACCGCUGCAACCACUUGCACGGAUGGACAACAAAAUGUCACAGUGCCACUUAGCCAUAGAAUGGCUGGCAAUGAGUAUCCUUCACUGCAAAAACAACCAACACCUGCCAUUGUUCAAAGUUUCACCCCCGUUUAUGUGCAACAGUCGGCCACCCAACCCACUGGAGGUGAUAUCUAUCAGGAAUAUGUGCAGAAUCCCUAUAAUCUGACCUUGCAACAAAGUCACCAACUACCACCUUUGGUGAGUGUGGAACAAAACCAACAAAAUCUUCAAAGAAUUCAAAAGCAAUUUGAAGAACAACAGAAACAACUACAACAACAGCAGCAACAGCAUCACCAGCAGCCGUCAUCACAUUCACAUGCCGAAGCAUUUAAUACACCUGCCAAUUAUUUCACUUCCACAGUGGAUCCCAAUACAAUACCACCUGGCUCAGAAAUGCUAUUUGGCCAACCCUAAAAAACUUUCAAAGCAUUAUAUUCAUAAUUAUGGAAAAUUUUUCAUUUCGCAGCUCUGCGUCGUUUGGGCCAUUGGGGCAGUUACUGUCCAUAGUUCCCUGGUCGUCUUGAGGCUGUCACAGGAAUAUGCGUGGAUUUGUCUCACAUUCCACCAUUAGUUUGUAUGUUUUAUCUUCAUUCUUUCUUUUUCGUUUUCUAGUUCAAUUAUAAGCUAAAUUGGUAAUUUCUUGCUACAGUGUUCCACUGUUGUAUGCAUGCCCCAUUUAUAGCAUUAUUAUUAUUAAAUCAAAAAAUUCUAUAUAAUAUAUACACUUAAAGAAAUAAAUCGAAAAUUGUUUAACUAUAACAUAAAAAAGUAAUAAUUUAUACACUCUCUCACACACACACACACACACAGUUAUUAAGAGAAAUCUAUGUCAAUCUGUAUAUAUAAACGAUAUAAAUCAGAAUAAAUGCCCAAAUACACUACA